UUGAAUGUAAUAAAGCAAACUGUUCCCUUCACAAUGACUGAAGAAUAUUAUUUGGAACUAAGCGAAAAUCCUGUGCAAUUUGAAAGUGCUUCGAGUGUGAACAAUGUCUUUUUUGAUGAGGCCAAUAAACAGGUUUUUGCCGUGCGGUCAGGUGGUGCCACAGGAGUUGUGGUUAAGGGACCAGAUGACAAAUGUUCGGUAGCAUUCAGAAUGGACGACAAAGGUGAGGUGAAAUGCAUCAAAUUUUCUCUGGGGAACAAGAUCUUAGCAGUUCAAAGGACCCCAAAGUCUGUGGAUUUUAUCAACUUCAUUCCUGAUUAUCCACACAUGGAAUAUUCUCACGAAUGUAAGACUAAGAAUGCUUGUGUUCUUGGCUUUUGCUGGACAAACUGGAAUGAAAUUGUUUUCAUCACUGACCAAGGAAUAGAAUUCUACCAGGUUCUCCCAGACAAACGCACUCUGAAGCUGCUGAAGAGCCAGAGCAUUAAUGUCAACUGGUACAUGUACUGCCCUGAAACCACUGUCCUUCUGCUCUCAACAACUGUGCAGGGCAAUGUGCUCCAGCCUUUCAUUUUCAAAAAUGGGACCAUGUCCAAAAUGUCCAAAUUUGAGAUUGAGCUACCAAUGGUGCCCAAACCUGCCAAACUCAGUCUGUCUGAGCGUGACAUCGCCAUGGCAACAAUUUAUGGACAACUCUAUGUCAUGUACCUGAAACAUCACUCACGAACAGUAAACAGUCCAGGAGCAGAGGUCGUCCUCUAUCACCUGCCCAGGGAAGGACCUUGUAAGAAAGCCCACGUGCUCAAACUGAACACCACGGGUAAAUUUGCCCUGAACGUCGUGGACAAUCUGGUGGUGGUGCAUCAUCAAAGCACUCAGACCUCUCUCAUCUUUGACAUUAAGCUGAGGGAGCCAGACUGUGCAGUGAACAUUCACCAGCCUGUCCUCCCUGCUCGCUCCAUCCAUCCGUACAGAAUCCCCCUAACAGGACCUGCAGUCGCCCCCAGCCAGGCUCCUGUUCCCUGUGAACUCUAUUCGUCCACAUGGAGUGUCUUUCAGCCAGACAUCAUCAUCAGUGCCAGCGAGGGAUACUUGUGGUACCUGCAAGUGAAGCUGCGGCCAAUGUUAACCCUCUUGCCAGACAAAGGCAAACUCAUGGAUUUCCUGCUGCGCAGACGGGACUGCAAAAUGGUCAUCCUAUCGGUGUGCUCGCAGAUGCUUGUUGGCGGAGAUAAAGGGGCAUUGCCAGUGGUCGCUGUUGUCUUUGACAAACUCAACCAGGUGUAUAAGGAAUACCUGGAGGCUGAGCAGGCCUACACUGUGGCGAUGGAGUCAGCGCCAAGCCGCUCUAGCUCCGCCCACAAAAGACCAGUCCGCACUCAGGCAGUUAUUGACCAGUCAGACAUGUACACACACGUCUUAUCCAGCUUCACUGAGAAAAAGGAUGUGUCCCAUAAAUUCAUCAUAGCUGUACUGAUGGAGUACAUCCGUUCCCUUAAUCAGUUCCAGAUUACAGUUCAGCAUUACCUGUACGAGCUGGUGAUUAAGACCCUGGUCCAGCACAACCUCUUCUACAUGCUGCACCAGUUUCUCCAGUAUCACGUCCUAUCCGACUCCAAACCUCUGGCCUGUCUGCUGCUGUCUCUGGAGAGCACAUACCCUCCAGCCCAUCAGCUCUCUCUGGACAUGCUCAAGAGGCUGUCCACUGCUAAUGAUGAGAUUGUGGAGGUGCUCCUGUCCAAGCAGCAGGUACUGGGCGCACUCCGAUUUGUCCGCAGUGUCGGCGCCCACGACAACGUCUCCGCUCGCAAGUUCCUAGACGCCGCGCAACAGACCAGCGAUCCCAUGCUUUUCUACACUAUUUUCCGUUUCUUUGAGCAGAGGAACUUGCGCCUCCGUGGUAAUCCCAAUUUCAAUCCAGGUGAACACUGCGAGGAACAUGUGGCUUACUUUAAACAAACGUUUGGGGAGCAGGCUCUGAUGAGACCAGCCUCCGUCUGAAGACUGAGUAAACACAGCGCUUUGUCUCAAACCGCCCAAAAUAAACCAGCAGCCGCAAAACAGGCUCGUCUGGAUUCAUUUGGAGGUUGUUAUGCACUAGACUUUAUACAGUAUUUAGAUCCCUUGAAUUUGGAGGGUGCCAAAACUUAAUCCCUGAUUCUUUCAAAGAGACAACUGAGCUUUACUAAAAACAUGAGCCAUCCGUACGAUGGCUGUCCAUUGGGUCCAUGUGAAUGCCCUGGAUCACAGGUAGUAAUUCUGAAACCUGAUGGACAGCUGAGUUGUUCUAGUGUUUGGGGACGUUGUUGUGUGUGGACGGAGGUCACAUGGGCCUGUCUCCAUGACGACCUAGCAGAUUCAGUCAGAAUGCAGCAGAUGAAGAGAGAACAGAAUGACUGGAUGACUGGUCCAUGUAAAGGCAUAUAGACGGAAGCAACUGCUGUUCCACAAAAUCCUGGAUGUUAAAUGUACAUUUAUAUCAUGUAAUCGUCACAAACGCACCACUGACCUAUGUAUGAUUUAAAAAAGUCUCCUAUUGAACAAAUAAUAAAUGAAUAAAUACUUAAUCCCA